UUUGGGCAGAUUUCACUUCAGUCCCUGUGUUUAAAUGGGCCAGCUCCAGGCGCCUGGGUGCUCCGUAGAGGGAACAUAAGGUGGAGGUACAGCACAGUCGAAGGGAUGAGUUCUGUUUUUAGGGAGUCAGAGGGUGAGGGCAAGGCUGUGCACUGAGACUGGUUGAAGAUUCUUUCCACUGAUGAUGGAGCGGAGUGUAUAGACUGCAGUGCAGGCCUUCUCGAUCUUCUGAGCUCCAGUGAAUGUUCAGGGUACAAACGACAGCAGUAUUGUCAGCAAGUAUUCAAUGGUCAAUUUGGGCUACUUCACUGAUGUAUUCCUGAAAGGAUUUGUACAUAAAACCAAUAGAAGAGCUCCACUCAUAAAUCGUGGCUACUAUGUGAGGGCAAAGGCAGUGGAUUAUAGUGUGCGUUGCUUCUUAAAACAUACCAAAGAUUACCCUUACAGACAAAUCCUCUCACUUGGAGCUGGUUGUGAUUCCUUGUACUUCCGGCUGAAGGCAAGUGGUGAGCUGAAAAAUGUAAUUAUGUAUGAGGUGGAUUUUCCAGAUGUCGUUCAACGCAAAGCCACUCUGAUUAAGAACAAGCAGGAACUUGUGGAGCUUAUAGGCUGCACUGACGAAAUGGGACUUGCCCAAAUGGAAGUUGCAGGUCAUCUGUACAGUAUGGAUUACAAGCUUCUAGGUAUUGAUCUCACUGAAAUAACUAAGUUAGAUAACACACUGAUGGAAAUUGGCCUAAACUAUGCUUGCCCAACGCUAUUGCUGUCAGAAGUUGUGCUGACAUAUAUGAAAAAUGAAAGCUCUUCAGCUGUAAUCCGUUGGGCUGCGGAGCGAUUUUCGACAGCAGUGUUUGUUGUCUAUGAACAGAUACGUCCAAAUGAUCCCUUUGGUCAAGUGAUGCAGCAGCACUUUGUGCAGUUGAACUCCACUCUGCAUGCACUUGUUCAGUUCCCUGGAAAGGAGGCUCAGCAGAUUCGUUUUUUGAAAGAGGGCUGGGAGGAAUGCUUUUGUAUUGACAUGAACGAAUUUUAUGUCAGAUAUAUUCCAGAGCAAGAGAAGCAAAGGAUAGAAUUGUUGGAACCUUUUGAUGAGUAUGAGGAAUGGCAUCUGAAGUGCUCUCACUAUAUGAUUCUGUGUGCAUCAAAAGGAGAUUUGAUAAAGUAUCUGCCAUUUACUCCUCAUCCAGAUUUCUGCACCAAGUUAGAUACUCUUGAUUCAUUGCAACUUUCAGUCUCUCUAUGUGAGACAGAAACACAGAGCCCUCAUCUGAGGAGAUUUGCCCAUUGCUCUGUACUAGUUGGCCCAUAUACAGUUGUUACCACUGGAGGAUUUGGCAACAGAAUUGGUCAGCAUGGACGCCUUAAAGAUAUAUCACUUCUGGCUAAAAGUGGGCCAGUUUGGAAAUCUACCUCCUUUAGGGAUGCAGAUGGUUUAUUGACUGAGCGAAUGUUUCACAGCAUGACCGCACUCAGUGAUGGUCGUUGUAUAAUCAUUGGCGGCCGCACGUCUCCACUGAAGCCAGUCACAAGUGUUCUUUGUUUGAGAUGUGACACAGGCAAUGGUGGCAUCUCCAAUGUCAGCUUGUCAUUAAAGGCGAUUGAAUGCAGUGGCACCAUGCCGUCACCACGCUGGCGGCACACAGCAACAGAAGUGAUUUACAGAGACCAGAACUAUCUGUUCAUUUAUGGUGGUCGCUCAUCCAAAGAGUUGGUUCUAGAUGAUUGGCAUUUCCUCAAUCUGCAAGAUUACAGCUGGACAAAUAUUCCAGUGGAUGGUUCUCCGCCUGAAGGCCGUCAUUCCCACAGUGCAUGUACAUGGAAGAGUGGUGUUGUGAUUGCUGGUGGAUUGGGAAUAGCACAAGUUCCUUUGGGAUCUGUUUUCUAUCUUAAGCCAACUUUGUCUGGUUUUGUUUGGGAAAGAAUACAAAUGACUUCUGUCAUUCCGCGAUACUCGCACACAGCACAUAUUCUUGAUGAUAAACUUAUUUUGCUUGGAGGGGUAUCAAUCCACACUGAUUCAAAUCCAGAAGUAACUCUUAUUGAUUUAAAAGCAGAACGGAGUUGUAACUACUACAUCAGCACGAACCUUGUGAAGUGGCCACUAAUGUUACACAAUCACAGUAGUCUGCUGUUGGCAAAGGAACGCCAGGUGCUGGUCAUAGGUGGAGGAGGGAACUGCUUCUCAUUUGGAACACACCUGAAUUACCAACCAGUCUUGUUACAGUUACCAGAGAUAUACUGACCCAACAAAAUAUAUAACCAUAUAACAAUCACAGCACGGAAACAGGCCAUCUUGGCCCUCCUAGUCCGUGCCGAACCCUUAAUCUCACCUAGUCCCACCUACCCGCACUUAGCCCAUAACCCUCUACUCCUUUCCUGUCCAUAUACCUAUCCAAUUUUACCUUAAAUGACACAACUGAACUGGCCUCUACUACUUCUACAGGAAGCUCAUUCCACACAGCUAUCACUCUUUGAGUAAAGAAAUACCCCCUCGUGUUUUCCUUAAACUUCUGCCCCCUAACUCUCAAAUCAUGUCCUCUAGUUUGAAUCUCCCCUACUCUCAAUGGAAACAGCCUGUUCACGUCAACUCUAUCUAUCCUUCUCAAAAUUUUAAAUACCUCGAUCAAAUCCCCCCUCAACCUUCUACGCUCCAAUGAAUAGAGACCUAACUUGUUCAACCUUUCUCUGUAACUUAAUUGCUGAAACCCAGGUAACAUCCUAGUAAAUCGUCUCUGCACUCUCUCUAAUUUAUUGAUAUCUUUCCUAUAAUUCGGUGACCAGAACUGCACACAAUAUUCCAAAUUUGGCCUUACCAAUGCCUUGUACAACUUUAGCAUUACAUCCCAACUUCUGUACUCAAUGCUUUGAUUUAUAAAGGCCAGCGUUCCAAAAGCCCUCUUCACCACCCUAUCUACAUGAGACUCCACUUUCAGGGAACUAUGCACAGUUAUUCCUAGAUCUCUCUGUUCCUCUGCAUUCCUCAUUGCCCUACCAUUGAAAUGAAACACAACAGUAAAAUCAGAGUACAGUUUGUAGCUUUUAUGAAAUAAUACUUCUCCUGGAAGCCUAAAGCCAACAGCUGAAUAUCAUGAAGGUGACAAAUGAAAUAUUGUGAACUUAAUUAUCAGUGACCUUGGCUACACCUUGAGACUUUGCCAGAUUUAUAAGUAUUGGUUUUAUAUUUCAUCACAGUUGUCUUAUCCUCACUAAAUAUGAAGGAAUGUCAACCUGUAAUUGUUUGAGUAAUUAGACUUUUAACUGUGUCAACAUUCAUGAUAUUAUAUUUGAGCUACUUUCUAAAUUAAAUUGUCCAUCAUUUGGUGGCUGGCAUAGAUGUAAUACACUAAUACAGGAGGUACCUCCUGUACCUGAUAAAGUCAUCACUUAGUGUAUGUUCAUGUUUUUAUGUUGCUGUAGCCCAUCCACUUCAAGGUUCAAUGUGUUGUGUGUUCAGAGAUGCUCUUCUGCACAUCACUUUUGUUAUGGUUAUGGUCGUGGUUACUCGUCUUCCUCUCAACUUGAACCAGUCUGGCCAUUCUGCUCUGACCUCUCUCAAUAACAAGGCAUUCUCACCCACAGAACUGCCGCUCACUGAAUGUUUUUUGGUGUUUCUCACACCAUUCUCUGUAAAAUCUUUCUCAAACCACCCUGUCUGACAUCAACAGUCAUUUCAUGGUCAAAGACACUUAGAUCACAUUUCUUCCCCAUUCUGAUGGUUUGACCUGAACAGCAGCUGAAUCUCUUGGCCAUUAUAAGAAGAACAAAUAAUUUUUACUCCAGAUCCGAAGCAACAUAAAAGAACAGAAAACAUACUGAACAAAGAAUAAUAGAAAAAAAACACAAUAAAUAUAAAUGCAUGAUACCUUUUAUACAUAGUGAUUUGAGUCCAUAAAGUGACAUGAGGCUGUACGUAAUGUGACUAAUGCAAAAUAAUAAAGCCAUGGUGGAGUUAAUGGGUGGAGGUGUUGAUCAGCCUUACUGCUUGGGGAAAGUAACUGUUUAUGCUUUGAGUUGCUGCCACAUGCUUGGCUGAUUAGAUACUUCCAUUAAUGAGUGUGUGUGUGCGCGCGCGCAGGUGUACCUAAUAAAAUGGCCACUGAGUAUAUGUGAAUGGUUUGAACCUGUGGAUUUGAUUUGAACAAUGAGCUGUUGUGUUUUCAAGCAAGGUAACUAUAACUACUCUCUCAUGAACACAAAAUUCUUAAAAUUUUGCCUUUUGAAAAUAUAUAUUUUCUUAUCUUUGGAUUAAUAAUGUUAUACUCUAACACAGGAACUGUUACCCACAACAGGCUGUUUCAAAUUGAUGUUAAGAAUGUGACCAAUUUGUAGGUGUGCAGGUGCAAAUAUAAUUAAGAGAAUCUCUUAUGAUUUUUAUCUGUUGAUAGCAUGUCAGAUAUUCAUUUCUUGACAUAUAUGUCGUACAAUUGAAUACAUACUUGUUAAUGACUUGUGAUAAAUUAUUAACUAACCCAUCUAUUAAAAUUUGCAUUGCCUUUCAAACAGUUAUAAUAAAUUAUUAAAUUUAGAGGGAAUCAUUUCUGUACACAUUCAAAGGAAUAGAUUUUAAAAGUGCUCCACAUUGGAGGAUAUCUUGUACUUCCUUGCAUUGUUUAUUCUGUUAAGUGAAAUUUCAUUGGCAUGUCGAAACAAUACAAUAUGCCCACAGUAAAUGAAUGUGUUUUCUUCAAAGGGUCAGACAAAUCAGGGUUACCACCAUGAUGGGCAAUAAGUUUGUUUCCCUGAAACCAUAAAACAGUGAAAUUAGGAGCAGAAUUACAUCAUUCAGCCCAUCAAGUCUGCUCCACCAUUCAGUCAUGGCUGAUUUAUUUUCCCUCAAUCCCAUUCUCCUGCCUUCUCUCUGUAAAGCAUCACAGUACAGUAAUAAGCAAACUGAACCUUUUUUUAAAGUUUUGUUUGACAAUUAAUUCACCUUUCUUUCCAAAAAGGGACAAAAGUUUUAUUUUUAAGGAGCUAUGGGAAAACAGACUUUAGACCAUAAGACAUAGGAGCAGAAUUAUGCCAUCUGGCCCAUCGAGUCUGCUCCACCAUUCAAGCAUGGCUGAUUUUUUUUUUCUCCUCCUCAACCCCAGUUCCUGGCCUUCCCCCCAUAACGUUUGAUGCUAUGUCCAAUCAAGAACCUAUCAAUCUCUGCCUUAAAUACACCCAAUGACCUGGCCUCCACAGCUGCUUGUGGCAACAAAUUCCACAAAUUCACCACCUUCUGGCUAAAGAAAUUUCGCCGCAUCUCUGUUUUGAAAGGGUGCCCAUCUAUCCUGAGGCUGUGCCCUCUUAUCCUAGACUCUAGACCAUGGAAAACAUCCUUUCCACAUCUAGGCCUUUCAACAUUUGAAAGGUUUCAAUGAGAUUCCCCCUCAUCUUCUGAAUUCCAGCGAGUAAAGACCCAGAGCCAUCAAACAUUCCUCGUAUGAUAGCCCUUUCAUUCCUGGAAUCAUCCUUGUGAACCUCUUCUGAACCCUUUUAACGUCAGCACAUCUUUUCUAAGAUGAGGGGACCAAAACUGUUCACAAUACUCAAGGUGAAGCCUCACCAUUGACGAGGCUUUAGACAAUAUAACAAAUAAAUUGGAAAGAUUAAGAUUUUCGCUUCUGGCAGUAUCUUCAAGUAUAUAGUCUGAUCUGUUGGUAAUUACCCUGUCCUAUCUAUUCAGCUUUAACUUGGCCUUUCUUUAUAUUGCCUGACUUAUGCAUGAGACAAUUGUGUUAUCAAUAAAGAGCAAUGGACAUUUCUUGGGCAUGACUGAAAUUCUGCAACAAUAAUAUAAUUAAGGGAGAUUAAUUUUUGCAAAUGAAUUGAAAGGAAAGGAUUUGUCUAUCUUCUGGACCAAUUAUUCUUCAAUUGGGAUCUGAAAGAAUUGAUGUCAAAGUGUAGAGAUUGUAUGUUCCUAUUUGACUAGACUUUGUGUUAAUAGCUGUUCUUUGAUAUAGUUGAGAUGGGAGAAGUCCAGUGUUUUCCAAUUGGAAACAAGUCAUCCAUUUUAUCUAAGUACGACAUGUCAACUAUGAUUCAAUAAUAGCAUUCUCAUCUCCAAAGAAAGCUAAGGGUUUAUGUUCCACUUCAGCAAUUUGAGCACAAGGUUACGUCAGCGCAUCGCUGCAGGACCAAGGUGUGCUGUAGGUAUUGUCCUGCAAGCAGAACUCUUACCACUCAGAUAUGUUUUAAAUCUUUCCCCUCUCCCCUUAAAUUUUUGCCUUCUCGUUUUAGACUUCCCUAUCCUGGGAAGUAAACUGUGACCAUUCACAUUAUCUGUGAUCCUGCAAAAGUGAGGAUAGGAAUAGAAUGAGGUGACAGAUAAUGCAUGGCUGAAGAAUUGGAGGGGGGACAAGGAUUCCGAUUUCUGGAUAAUUGGAACCUCUUCUGGGGCAGGGGUGACCUAUACAAAAGGGACGGGUUGCACUUGAAUCCGAGGGAAGCCAAUAUUCUUGCAGGCAGGUUUACUAGAGCUGUUGAGAUUGGUUUAAACUAAUAUGUCAGGGGGAUGGGAACCAGGAUUAUAGAGCAGAGGAUGAGCCAGCAGGUUUACAAGUAGAUGAUGGGUGUAAUAUGAAUGUAAGAAAGGACAAGCCAAUGAUUGGGUAUAACUGCAGACAGAGCAAAGUGUUUAAGUUGUACCACAGAGGCAAAAUUCAUAUUUUGAAGAAUGCAGAACUGAAGGUGCUGUAUUUCGAUGCACAUAGCAUUCAGAAUAAGGUGGACAAACUUGUAGCACAAUUAGAAAUUAGUUGGUAUGGUACUGUAGGCAUCACUGAGUCAUUGCUGAAAGAAGGUCAUAGUUGGGAGUUUACAUCAAAGGAUAUAUUUUGUAUCAAAAGGACAGGUAGGAAGGUGGUGGUGUGGCUCUUGGUAAGAGAUGGAAUUACAUCUUUAGAAGGAGAUGACAGGGUCAGAGAACAUUGAAUCUUUGUGGGUGAGAAAUUGCAAGGGUGAGGCAGCAAUGCGAUUGCAGAAGGACUUUGACAAAUUGGACAAAUGGGCAACAAAGUAGCAGAUGGAAUACAGUGUUGGGAAAUGUAUGAUAAUGCAUUUUGGCAAAAGGAACGAUAAUGUGGACUAUCAUCUAACUGGGGAGAAUAUUCAAAUAUCAACGGUACAAAGGGAAUUAGUCCUCAUGCAAGACUCCCAGAAGGUUAAUUCACAGGUUGAGUCUGUGGUAAAGAAGGCAAAUGCAAUGUUGGCAUUCAUUUCAAGGGGAAUAGAACAUAAAAAACAAGGAUAUAAUGCUGAAGCUUUAUAAGGUACUAGUCAGGCCACACUUGGAGUAUUGUCUCAGAAAGGAUGUAUUGUUAUUGGAGAGAGUCCAGAGAAAGUUCACGAGGAUGAUUCUGGGAAUGAAGGGGUUAACAGUGGGCCUGCACUCACUGGAAUUUAGAAGAAAGCAUUGGGAUCACUUUGAAACCAACCAAAUGUUGAAAGGACUAGAUAAGGUAAAUGUGGAGAAGAUGUUUUCUCUGGUGGGGGUAUCCAGAACUAGAGGGCACAGCCUCAAAAUUGAGGGGAGACCUUUUAGAACAGAAGCAAUGAGGAACUCUUUUAGCCAAAGAGUGGUGAAUCUGUGGAAUGCUCCACUGACUGCGGUGGAGGCCAAAUCCAUGGGUAUAUUCAAAGCGGAAGUUGAUAGAUUCCUGAUUGGUCAGGGCAUUGAGAGAUAUGGUGAGAGGGCAUUUUGUCUGGGUUUGAAUGGGAACUGGGAUCGGCCAUGAUGAAAUGGUGGAGUGGGCUUGAUGGAUUGAAUGGCCUAAUUCUGCUCCUAUGUCUUGUAGACCUGCUUGAUGUCAUACAUGUUUACAAUGUCACCUUUCAACUUCCUAUGCUCCAGGGAAAAAAAUUCCAGCCAAUCCAACCUCUUCUAACUCAAGCUUUCCAGUUCUGGUAACACUCUUGUGUAUAUUUUUCUGCAUCCUUUCCAGCUUAGUAAUAUCCUUCCUAUAACUGGGCAAUUCGAACUGUACACAAUACUCCCAAGAGUGGUCUCAACAGCAGCUUGCAUAGUUGAAACAUCACAUCCUAAAUCCUGACUGAUGAAAGCAAGCAUGCCAAAAACCUUCACCUCUUGUACCAUAUCAUUUCCCUGCACUGUAUUCUUAGUGCAUUAGGAUUAACAAUGCAUUGUUCUUGUUAUUGUUUUACCUUAGUUCAAUGCACUGUAUAAUAAUCUCAAUGAUCUGUAUAACAAUAUGCAAGACAAGUUUUUCAUGGGAUCUUCGUACAACACCACUGUUUGAUCAACUUUCCCAGUGUGUUUAGAUUUCAUUGCAAUCUUAGAUAGCCUUCUUCAGUGCCCACUAUACCACCACUUUUAUUGUCAUCUGCAAAUUUACUAACCAGGUCAACUACAUGCUCAUCCAAUUUAUUAAUUAAUAUGAUGAACAAUACCCAGCACCAAUCCCUGUGGCACGCCACAGAUCACAGGCUUUCAAUCUGAAAAAUAAACUUCCACUACGACCUUCUUACUCCCACAUUAAGCCAAUUUUAUAGCUCACCCUGGAUCCCAUAUGAUCACACUUUGCAAGCUAACCCACCAUACUGGUCCUUGUCGAUGCUUUGCUAAAGUCCAUAUAGACAACACUUACCACCUUGCUCUCAUCAACCAACUGUCACCUCUUCAACAAGUUUAGAUUUGUGACACAGGAUUUUCCAGCACAAGGCCAUGUUGACUAUCCCUAAUCAAUCCUUUCCUUUCCAAGUGCAAUUAUUGUAGAUCUUGUUCCUCAGAAUCCCCUCCGGUAACUUUCCCACCUGGUUACUAAGUUAGGCUCACAGACCUGUAGCUCCCUCUUUUGUCCUUGUAACCCUUUUUAGAAUAAAGAUACUGUAUUUGCCAUCCUCCUCUUGUGGUAUCACACCCAUGGCUAAACAUGAUACAAAUGUCUCUAUGGGGCCCUGGUAUUUCUUUUCUGCCUUCCCACAAUGCCCUAGGAUACACUUAGUCAAGCCCCAGGGGGUUAUCCAUCUUAAUAUAAUUUAAGACCAGCAGCACUUUCUCUUUUGUAAUGUAGAUAUGUUCCAAGAUUUGUAUUAUUUCCCUUAGUUCCUUAGUUUCCUGCUCCAUGGUAAAUGUAGAUGAGAAAUAUUCAUUUAAGACUGCCCAUCUCUUGUAGCUCCACACAUAAAUGACCAUAUCAAUACGUAAGAGGAACUAUCUUCUCCUUAUUAUCCCUUUGCCCUCCUGUUUUUCUGCUAUCUCUCUUCUACUCAAAGGAUUUGCUAAAGGGAGUGUAAGAGAUACAGGAGUAGAUUAUGGGGAUUUUGCACUCACUUGGAUGGCUCAUCCAGGACACUGUGGGAUCUAACCUUCCGGAUUAGCUAACUAACUGUCUAUACCUGUCACAUGCCUCCUUUUUCCUAACUAGAGGCCCAAUAUCCUUUGUCAAUCAGGAUUCUCCAUUCUUGCCAGUCUUGCCAUUCAUUCUAAAAGGAACUUGCUGUCCCUGAAUUCCAUCUCAUUUUUAAAAGCCUCCCACUUGCCAGGCUUCCACAAACAUACUAGAACUAAUAGAAUCAUUGUCACUGGUCCCAAAGUGCUCCCCCAGCCCCAAUUUACCAAUUUGUGUAGGUGAGUAGUUGAAUUUGAGGGGCAGUUGAUGAAAAUGUGUCCAGUACAUCUUACAGGGAAGAAUUAUUGAGGGAAAAGGUUACUCUGUGAAUUGACAUAGACAGGAUGGUUUGAAGUAUCUUAAGGAAAUAUGAAAGCCAAUUUGAUAAACAGAUCAUAUCAUUAAAAUUUCCAUAUGUGGACUUUGCCAUGCACAAAUGGCAGCUGCCAUUUCUACAAUGGGACAAUAUCUAGUUUGCUGGAAAUGGCCCUGUGUGCCCUGAGAUUGUUCAAGGUACGAUUUUAUUCAGAUUUUUAAAACUAUUACCUUGCCAAUUCUGGGAUUGAAGAUAACGACAAUUUACAACAGAGGAUAAGAAUGUUCUCAUGAAGCCGCAGGAGACUGCAGUUGCUGGAAACUGCAGCGACAAACAAGAAACUGGAAGAAAUCAAUGGGCCAAGCAGCAUCCAUGGAGAUUCUAAUGCCCAGCAACUGUAUUCUUCACAGACCAGAGGAAGUCUGCAGAUGCUGACAGUCUGAGCAACACACACAAAAUGGUGGAGGAAUGCUGGAGAAAUGCUAGCCUGCUGAGUUCCUCCAGCAUUUUGUGUGUGUUUAACUGUAUUCUUCCACUGCAUAUGAAUGAAGGUUUUUUUCUCAUAGUUUAUAUGUUUCUUAUUUAUUUUUUUCUCUGGUUUGGAAUGCCUGAAGAAACUAAUUUACCAUAACUCCUGCAUUUGCCACUUUGAGUAAUUGGUACAAAAUUUGAUAAAACUAUAUCAAUAACUUAAUUAACACAGCAAAGUCAAUGCCAAAAUGUUCAUGUGUCAUCCUAUCCUUAUUUUAAUCCCAUUUUCGUUUUAUCAUGACCUAUUAAUUGAUAUGUGAUGUUUUAAAUGGCUGUACAAUAUGCAUCCUACAGGUAAGCUGUAUUUUUUUCUAUUCCUUGUAUUUAAAGAAAUGUGGUUGUUGCUCUCCUUGAACUGCUGUGUCAUUGUCUUAAUGUUGCUCCCUUAGUGUUAUGGAUAUGUAUGUCAUGAUAUAUUUCUAUUAAACCAAAUCAGACUUGGUAACCUUUUCUAUUCCUGGUAAUGAUGCUUCCUUGUAUCAUAAGUUUAAAACAAAAAUUAAAUGAAAUGUUUUAGAAGACAACAUUUCAAAACAGACUAAUGUAAAUGUUUCAUGAAAUUAACCCUAGAAAUUACUGGAAACAAUGGAAAGUUACACACAAUUUUUUUUUAUUUCAGAAGAAAUGCUGAACUUCAGAAUCAUAGAAAAGUACAGCACAGGAACAGGCCAUUCGUCCCAUCUAGUCCAUGCUGAACCAUUUGUAACUCCGUAUUCGUUUUUUUUAUCUACCAGGUUGCUAUUGCAAAUAUCUAAUCAGCCAAUCAUGUGGCAACAACUCAAUGUAUAAAAGCAUAAAGACAUGGUCAAGAUGUUCAGUUGUUGUUCAGACCAAACAUCAGAAUGGGGGAAGGAAUGUGAUCCAAAUGACCUUGUCAAUGGAAUUAUUGUUAGUCUCAGAUGGGGUUGUUUGAAUAUCUCAGGAACUCCUUCUCUCCUGGGAUUUUCACAUACAACGGUCUCUAGAGAUUACGAAAAUGGUGCAAGAAACAUAAAACAUGUAUUGAGCGACAGUUCUAUGAGUGAAAAUGCUUUUGUUGAUGAGAGGGAUCAGAGGAGAAUGGCCAGGCUGGUUCAAGCUGACAGGAAGGUGACAGUAACUCAAGUAACCACACAUAACAACAGUUGUGUACAGAAGAGCAUCUUAGAAUGCUCAAUGUGGUGAACCUUAAAGUGGCUGGACUACAGCAGCAGAAGACCAUGAAUGUACACUUACUGACCACUUCAAUAGGGACCUGAUAAUGUGACCUCUGAGCAUAGUUCCAGGUAAUAAAUCUAACUGCAGGAAGACUAGGAAAAGUUCCAUUGCUAGCAGUACUUUAAAAAAAAAUUAUGGAAAUCGGUUUACCUGAUAAUUGCUUUCACAUUAACAAACAGAAAGUGCGGGGCUUGUUUCAGAAGAUCUAUUUUAAUUUGAGUAAAUGAGGUAGUUCCACAAAUUUUCUAUUUAACUUAUAUUAAACACAUAAUCAUUGAUGUUAACAGUUGAUUGUAAUAAUGAUGUUAAUUAAGCAUUUAUCAGCUGUGCACUUUAAAGCAUUGAAACUCCAGUUAAUGUAGUUUAAUUCUUUUAUGCAGCAACUUGAACUUCAGAGUACAGUUGGCAUUUGUUUCCACUGGUUAUAUCAGUACUAUCAAUUCGCUGAAUUUUAAACCCAAGUGUGUUGCAACCAAAACUACUUGAACAUAAGUUUUCCACACAAUAUCACUUGGGACCUCAUCCACAAGCCUGAACAUGUCUCCUGCAUCAAAAUAUGAAGCCCUGGCAAUUGUGUUGUUCCCACGGGCUAUACAUAGCUACUUAAAAUGAAUAUUUAAUUAUUAAGUAUUUAUUUUAAGUAAAUAUGUAUCACAUGAUUUUAAAGCUGGUUACUCAGAGGUUCAUAAUCACCUUUGUUGCAGAUUCUGAUCUGGUAAUUACCUGAAUCUGCCUGUAAAUCAUAAAGUGUUUGUGAAGACAGUGCCAUUAAUUAAAUGGUAAAAACAAUCCUAAUCUCUGUGAUCUUGGCCUUGUACAGUUAGUUUUCUGGAUCCUUCAAAGGAACAUCUCCUUGAAAGAGUGUGGGCUUUUGGUGCUCAAACAAAUGCCACAGGUCUACGCUGCUGUAUGUUAACUGACUACUUUAACAAUGAGGGCAUUGUAAUAUGAGAUGAUCUUAUCAGUCAGUAAUGAAGAGCAAUGUCUUGUUGUCUUCCUCCUUAUCCAUCCAGGAUACUGCUGGAGGGGAGUGACCUAUCAGGCCAAUGGCAAUGAUUUUUUGUGUGGUGUUUUCAUCAAACUUGUCUUCUCAUGACAUUGAACACUGAACGAUCAAAUGUCAUCUGUU